AUGCAAUCAGAACCAUCAAAAACCGACAUGUCCCUGGAUAGGGACCCUGAGUCCCCUAGUCAAACGCGCAAGCCAUUUAUGUUCGGACGGAAGGAGUGGAUCGAGAGGAUCAAGAGGACCAAUAGCCCAUCGUGGCUGCAGCGGCAGGGUGGCGAAGUCAUGACUGAAUGCGAUGCCUCCACCCGACCGACAUCGCAAGACCGUCCGGACACACCUCUAGUCUCAUCCACCGAGCCGCAAACCUCACGAAUCUCUACCCCGGAACACCUUCGAGAUCCUGCAGCCGUGGGCCUGGAUAUCGAACGCCCGCGAUCCGCGUUACACUCCGGAGACUUCAGAGAGAAGAGAGCAGGAGCAACAUCUGAGAAUGACCAUUCGUCUUCAGGCUUCCUAGCAACUUCGCCAGUUGUCCCUUGGAAUCGCUCAUUCCCAACCUCAGCCUUUGCCCCACAACACAAAGACGUCUCGUAUCCGGGAUCGCGCACCGAUGACAAUCGUACAGCUGCACGAGCACGGGCGAUAUCGCAGUCAUCGCAGUCACCGUUCAGUUCGUUCGCCUUCCUACCACCCACAAGUCCGCUUGUCCAGCAGGCAAAUAACACAGACUUGGACUUCUCCUCAACCCCAAGCUCGCGGCAGGGAUCUCGAAGUCCUGACAGAGACCAUCGCCGACAUACAUACUCUCCUGCAUCCUUUGAUGAUUACAAGCCCACCCAGAUGGCCCGUUCUGCGACCGGCACUCCAGCUGCUCGGCAUCUACGACAUAGUAGUUCGAUACCAUACCAGGCGCAUCAACCUCGACGAUCGAUGACGUUCAAUCAGUCUGAGCCUCAUUCUCAUUCGCAAACGCCGUUCCUCCAUGCACGGCGCCCCUCCUUCUCGUCGGAGGCAUCUCCAUUGCAGCACGCUCCCAUGGUUGGGUCUUACGAGGAGUCGAUACUACGGGGGCGCAUGUCUACUACACCAUCACGGCCUCUCGACUUCGUCGCUAAAAUUGGAGUACUUGGCAGAGGGCAAUGCAAAUCAAGCCUCAAAUGUCCACCUCAUGUCACGGUACCCUUUCCAGCAGUCUUCUACAGCUAUAAUACAGGCAACGGUAGGAUUUCGGAUAAUGAGCCGAGUCCCUAUGUUGGGCAUAUUGAUCUAGAAAAUUCAUUGCCACCGCCAGAUGAAAGCAGUGAGAGUGGUAGACGUAAGCGACGACAUGUUGUACCUGCCCCUGAUCAAGACGAUCUCGAUUUCAGGAUAAACCUUGGAGAAGAGGAGAAUGGUCAGGGUGCAAGAGGGGACCUUCGUCGGAAAGAGAAGAAGAAGCGACGAUCGACGUCACCCAAGGCGCCUCCCGGGGGCUCUUAUCGUAUUCCGCCACAAGGUCAGCUCCAGAUCGUGUUAAAGAAUCCAAACAAGACAGCAGUCAAGCUUUUCCUAGUUCCGUAUGAUUUGUCGGAUAUGGAACCUGGCCAGAAAACUUUCAUUAGACAACGUAGCUACUCUGCAGGGCCUAUUAUCGAUAUGCCCGCAUCAUCACGAAAGAAUCUGGGCACCGACCGUCCAGAAGCUGCUCUCAGCAAUUCAGAUGACCCAAACGACCGUCCGAUUCUGCGUUACCUAAUCCACCUACACAUAUGUUGUCCUUCAAAAGGUCGCUACUAUCUGUACAAAAGCAUACGAGUCGUUUUUGCGAAUCGAGUACCGGACGGUAAAGAAAAACUCCGAAACGAGAUCCAGCAACCGGAGCCCAGAUAUAGCACGUACAAACCGACGCGAGAAGCACCGUCAUUGCAAAAGGCACAGUCAACCGGAGCCCAGCUUACCACGGACCGGGCUUUCCGUCGGCGCAGCGCUGGAUGGCCACUCUCGCAGUCUCAGCAAGCAUACGGACAGCUGGAUGGCCUGAAGCAACACACACCACUUCCUCCCCCAGCUGUCAAGUUCACCGGUGGCACCACCAAUUCCUCAGCAUCGAGUGGCUUCAGCUCGCCUGUACCAGAAUUGCAACCCAUACCUUUUAGCCUUGGUCGCCUUGCUGCGAUCGAUUCGCGGCCUGUUUCCCGUGACCGCAUGGAUGUUGAUCCGAAGAGCCCAUUCAGGACGCCUAUAACAUCACCGAGAGCUGGCGUAAGUAGUUUGAACAAUCAGAGCGACGGUACCUUUGAGAAACUGAGCAAAGGCGAUGUUGGCUAUGGCGGGAAUGCAUUCUCGCCACUUGGUAGCCCCUCUGGUCCGCCCAAUGCAGGUCUCCUGUCGCAGCGACUCCGCGGUUUAGAUGUCCAGCGCAACGAGGAAGAGUAA